CUUUCUCGACCCUCCAGGAGGCGGAGCGGAGACAAACGGUAGUGCAAUUGAAACUGCUGCGAUUUUAAUUUCACAGAUAAAAUUCGUAACCCCCUUGAGAAAGGAGGACAGAGGACGGUUCAAAAAAAAAAAAAAAAAGAGAGAGAGACACAGAGAUAUAGAAGAGAUGACUAGAGCAUUAAGUAUCUUGCAGCUACGGCAGAUUAGCUCCACCAAAUUUCUGCUAAGAAGCUCAAAUUUUUCUCCAGGUCUAUUCGUGAAGGCAGGAAUAACAAAAUGCCCAACUUUAUGCUUUUGUAGACGUAUUCAGACAGUUACGUAUGAUAUUGUGAAUGCAAGCUACGUACCCACUCCCACGACUAAACAACAACAGCAGAAGAAAACCACAGAUAAAGCACCAGAAAUACUUGAAACAGUUGGUGCAUUUCAAAAGCUACCAAUGGUGAUGCCAUCAGUUGAUAUUCUUUAUUCAGCAUUGAGGAAGGCAAAGAGGGUCCCUCCUACAAAAGGCAUUGCUAAUAUUGCCAAGCGAGAGAGAAAUAAAGGUGCAAAGCAACUUGAUGCAUUGAUGAAAGAAUUGGCAGUUCCGUUAAGGGAAUAUUUGGAGAACUUCCCUAAAAGGAGAUAUUUGCAUCCUUAUGAACAGUCACUUAUUGAGUUAACCCUUGGUGAUGGAAAUUAUGAAGAGGUGUUGAGAAAAGUAGAUGCUUUGAGGAAAAAGGUGUUGUCUGUUGGAAAGGAACACGCUUCAGUAUGUGCUAAGUCUCUAACGAAACGAGAGGCUUUGGAGCGGUUGAAUGAGGGUCUGGAAAAGCUUGAAGAAACUUUUAAACGUGAAGGAAAGGCAGUUGAUGCUUUAUUCAACAUUGCCAAGACUUUGCGGGCUAUGCCAGUGGUCGAUCUAGAAACACCAACUCUUUGUCUUGUUGGAGCUCCUAAUGUAGGAAAGUCGUCCUUGGUUCGGAUACUUUCAACAGGGAAGCCUGAGGUUUGUAAUUACCCUUUCACAACUAGGGGAAUUCUAAUGGGCCAUAUUGCUUUUGACUUCCAGCAUUUUCAGGUGACAGACACCCCAGGACUUCUAAAGAGAUGUGAUGAGGACAGGAACAAUUUGGAAAAAUUAACGCUUGCUGUCCUCACACACUUGCCAACAGCAAUACUUUAUGUUCAUGAUCUCACUGGAGAAUGUGGGACCUCAGCUUCUGAUCAGUUUGAGAUAUACAAAGAAAUUAAAGAGAGAUUCAAUGAUCAUCUUUGGCUUGAUGUUGUCUCUAAAUGUGAUCUCUUGCAAGAAUCUCCUGUGGUCUUCAUUGCAGAAGAUAGCAAUGGUAGUAAUUUGGAAAUGGCAAGGUACCAUAAAAUGGGACCCAAUGGAGCAAUCCAUGUGUCUGUAACGAGUGGAGAAGGACUCAAUGAGCUAAAAGUUAAAGUGCACGAACUACUGGUUGCCCAGAUGGAGAGGAUCGGAAGUAUGAAAACCAAAGAAGAUAAUCCAUAUUUGCCAACAUAACAGACAUCACUAUUUGUUGGUAUGAUUAUGGGUUGACCCACUAUGUCUCAGGGAUAACAACUUGGUGAAGAUGAAACUUACAUUUUCAGAAUUUGUAGAAGCGAUCUCUUUCUGCAAGCAUGAGGCAUUUAUACUGAAGCUUAACAAAAUGCUUCUCUCUUUUUCGUUGCUCGUUCUGAGAUUUGGACGUGAGGCUGAUGCCAAAACAAGUUUUAUAUUUUAUGCAUUAAAUUUUUUUUUACAUUAGUUAGUCUUGUAGAAACCUUCCCUCAUCUUUUGAUUAAAGAUUAAUUUGUACAAGGGACAUUGGCUAGCUAGCAUUGGAGGCUGAUGCACAUUUACAUAACACAAGUAGUGAAAUUUCCUGCAAAAUCUUCACAGAUUGUAAUAUAUGGUGUGGGAAUUUUGUGACUGGAAUUAAUGACUUGGUUUGGUCCAUGGAGUAGCACGGAAUAAAUUAAAAAUACAAUAGCUAUUCUUAACUUUAA